CAUGCGUGAAAAUGAAAAUUUUCAGUUUAACCAGCUGAAUUAUUAGUUUCCAUGUAAAUUUGCUUAAUUAAUGUUACAGUUUAAGCUUUCAUUAUAGUGUCUAUCAACUCGAAUCAUGGAUGAUGUCUUUGAUGAAGAUGGAGAUGAAUUAGCCUUGAUGAGUAAGGAAUACGAAAAGAUAAGUGAAGCUAUUGGUAAAGAAGGAUUACGUGAUGGUAUUUCAGAGGGUCGCUCAGCUGGUACUCAAAAAGGAUUUGAUGCUGGAUAUGCUGAAGUUUUCCCAAUCGUUGAAAAAAUACACUUUUUCAAAGGAUUGAUACAAGCAAUUUACUAUAGACCAGAAGAGGUAUCUCAAUCGGCCGAUGUGAAUGAUGAAUGUAAUAAGUGCCUUGGAGAAAUGUUGAAAGAGUUAAAAGUUAUAGAGAGCAAUGUGUUGCGUGAUUUAACUGACAAUCAAGCAUUGCAACCAGCGACUACUGAUUCUAUAAACCAAUUUAAGAUCAAAUUAAAAGCUCAAUUAGAAAAAAUAGAUUUUCAAGUUGAAUUGUAACUCCAAUAAAGAAUGAAAAAAUUUAUUCUCUUAUCAUAAACGAAAAA